CCCUGCCUUCCUCCCGCCCUCCUUCCAAGGAUGCCCAAUGAUGUGCUGCCGGUACCCAGGAAGAGAAGCUACGGCGGUGGCAGCAGCAGCGGCGGCAGCGAAGCUGGAAGCCUGCAGCAGCCCCUUCUCCCUCCUCUAUUGAGUGUUCCAAGCGGCAGUUCUGCAUUCUAAAGAAACCCAUUGAAAGGCCCAUUGCAUUCCCAGCACGUCUCAAGCUUGCUGCCUUUUAUUUUUUUCCUUGGUCUCCCCCCACAACCCCCCAGCCCCCUUGCCUUCAGCUUCAGCAAAAGGAAGGAAGGGAGAGGGAGAGAGAAUCCUUAAACUCAAGCUUUUUCUUUUUUUUCCUCCCCCGAUGUUCAAUGCUAAAAAAAAAAAAAAAUCUCCUGCAAAAUAGUUUUGUAAUCAACCGCGAACGAUGAAACCUUCUAUAGCUGAGCUGCUUCACAGAGGGAGGAUGUUGUGGAUAAUUCUUCUAAGCACAAUUGCUUUAGGAUGGACUACCCCGAUUCCCCUGAUAGAGGACUCAGAGGAAAUAGAUGAGCCCUGUUUUGAUCCAUGCUACUGUGAAGUGAAAGAAAGCCUCUUUCAUAUACAUUGUGACAGCAAAGGAUUUACAAAUAUUAGUCAGAUUGCUGAGUUCUGGUCAAGACCUUUUAAACUAUAUCUGCAGAGGAAUUCAAUGAGGAAAUUGUACACCAACAGUUUUCUUCAUUUGAAUAAUGCUGUGUCCAUUAACCUUGGGAACAAUGCAUUGCAGGACAUUCAAACAGGAGCUUUCAAUGGUCUUAAGAUUUUAAAGAGGCUAUAUCUACACGAGAACAAACUAGACAUCUUCAGAAAUGACACCUUCCUUGGCUUGGAAAGUCUGGAAUAUCUGCAGGCAGACUACAAUGUCAUUAAACGUAUUGAGAGUGGGGCAUUUCGGAACCUAAGUAAACUGAGAGUUCUGAUUUUAAAUGAUAAUCUCAUCCCCAUGCUUCCAACCAAUUUAUUUAAGGCUGUCUCCUUAACCCACUUGGACCUACGUGGAAACAGGUUAAAAGUUCUUUUUUACCGAGGAAUGCUAGAUCACAUUGGCAGAAGCCUGAUGGAGCUCCAGCUGGAAGAAAAUCCCUGGAACUGUACAUGUGAAAUUGUGCAGUUGAAGAGUUGGCUGGAACGCAUUCCUUACACUGCCCUGGUGGGAGACAUCACCUGCGAGACUCCUUUCCAUUUCCAUGGAAAGGACCUGCGAGAAAUCAGGAAGACAGAACUCUGUCCCUUGUUGUCUGACUCUGAAGUGGAGGCUAGUUUGGGGAUUCCCCACUUGUCAUCAAGCAAGGAGAAUACAUGGCCAACUAAGCCUUCCUCAAUGCUGUCCUCUGUCCAUUUUACUGCUUCUUCUGUUGAAUACAAGUCCUCAAAUAAACAGCCCAAACCCACCAAACAAUCUCGAACACCAAGGCCACCCUCCACAUCCCAAGCUUUAUACCCUGGUCCAAACCAACCUCCCAUUGCUCCUUACCAGACCAGACCACCCAUUCCCAUUAUAUGCCCUACUGGGUGUACCUGUAAUUUGCACAUCAAUGACCUUGGCUUGACUGUCAACUGCAAAGAGCGAGGAUUUAAUAACAUUUCUGAACUUCUUCCAAGGCCACUGAAUGCUAAGAAACUGUAUCUGAGUAGUAAUCUGAUUCAGAAAAUAUACCGUUCUGAUUUUUGGAAUUUCUCUUCCUUGGAUCUCUUACAUCUAGGGAAUAAUCGUAUUUCUUACGUCCAGGAUGGGGCUUUCAUCAACCUGCCUAACCUAAAGAGCCUCUUUCUCAAUGGCAACGACAUCGAGAAGCUGACACCAGGCAUGUUCCGAGGCCUACAGAGUCUACACUACUUGUAUUUUGAGUUCAAUGUCAUCCGGGAAAUCCAGCCUGCGGCCUUCAGCCUCAUGCCCAACUUGAAGCUGCUAUUCCUCAACAAUAACUUGCUGAGAACCCUGCCAACAGAUGCCUUUGCAGGCACAUCUCUGGCUCGGCUCAACUUGAGGAAGAACUACUUCCUCUACCUUCCUGUGGCUGGUGUCCUAGAACACUUGAAUGCCAUUGUCCAGAUAGACCUCAAUGAGAAUCCUUGGGACUGUACCUGUGACCUGGUUCCCUUCAAACAGUGGAUCGAAACCAUCAGCUCAGUCAGUGUGGUGGGUGAUGUCCUGUGCAGGAGCCCUGAGAACCUCACCCACCGUGACGUGCGCACUAUCGAGCUGGAAGUUCUCUGCCCAGAGAUGCUGCACAUCGCGCCAGCUGGAGCAACCCCAGCUCAGCCUGGAGAUUCUCACCUUGCUGGGGGGCCAACAAGUGCAUCACCUUAUGAAUUCUCUCCCCCUGGGGGUCCUGUGCCACUUUCUGUGUUGAUUCUCAGCCUGCUGGUUCUGUUUUUUUCAGCAGUCUUCGUUGCGGCAGGCCUCUUUGCCUAUGUCCUCCGCCGGCGCCGGAAGAAGCUGCCCUUUAGAAGCAAGCGGCAGGAAGGCGUGGACCUCACUGGCAUCCAGAUGCAAUGCCACCGGCUUUUUGAGGAUGGUGGAGGUGGUGGAGGUGGAAGUGGAGGUGGGGGACGACCGGCUAUUUCUUCCCCAGAGAAGGCCCCUCCUGUGGGUCAUGUAUACGAGUACAUACCCCACCCUGUUACUCAGAUGUGCAAUAACCCCAUCUACAAGCCUCGCGAGGAGGAGGAGGUGGCCGUUUCAUCAGUCCAGGAGACAGGGCGUGCAGAACGCGGGGCUCCUGGGACACAACCCCCAGGAAUGGGGGAGGUUCUCCUAGGAAGUGAGCAGUUUGCUGAGACACCCAAGGAGAACCACAGCAACUACCGGACCUUGCUAGAAAAAGAAAAGGAGUGGGCCUUGGCAGUGUCCAGCUCCCAGCUCAACACCAUAGUGACCGUGAAUCAUCAUCACCCUCAGACUCACCACCCAGCCACUGGUGGGGUGUCAGGGGUAGCUGCAGGAACUGGGGGAGACUUGGCUGGGUUCCGCCGCCAUGAGAAGAAUGGUGGGGUGGUGCUGUUUCCCCCCGGGGGAGGCUGUGGUGGUGGCAGUACGCUACUAGACCGAGAGAGGCCGCCACCAGCCCCCUGCACAGUGGGGUUUGUGGACUGUCUCUAUGGCACAGUGCCCAAAUUAAAGGAACUGCACGUCCACCCUCCUGGCAUGCAAUACCCAGACUUACAGCAGGACGCCAGGCUCAAAGAAACCCUUCUCUUCUCGGCUGGAAAGGGCUUCACAGACCACCAAACCCAAAAAAGUGAUUACCUCGAGUUAAGGGCCAAACUUCAAACCAAGCCGGAUUACCUCGAAGUCCUGGAGAAGACAACAUAUAGGUUCUAACAGAAAAAGAAAAAUAAAUUAGUGCUUUUUUUUUCAAAAGAAAAUAAAAAGAAAAAAUAUAUCCCUUGCUCCCUUUAUACUUGUCCCAAUAACUCCAUUCUCACAAACUUCCCUGUCCUGAACAGAACUGAAACCGCAUGAUAACUAGAAAAUACAGAUGUAUGCUCUCCCCACUCAGAUAUGAUUCGGAGGAAGGGCCAUACUCAGAUCAUUAAUCAAUGAAGUGCCUUCGCAGACUUUUGCCAGCAAAUGUUAUUAUUUUUUUAUACUGGAACUUAAGACUUUGACUGUGCCAUGUAUAAGGUAUAUUAGGGAUCGUUGUAUUGAUCCUAAUUAAGUAAAACUCGAUGUGUCUUUUUCUUUUCAGUAACUUUUGUUUUUAGUUGUAGUUUUGUUUUGACAGGGAGGGGGGAAAACAAAUUGACAUUUGUGGCUUUCGUUCCUCUUGCCCUCAUGGCACAGAUUCUGUACAUGUAUUAAUAAUGCAGUUUGCUGCAUGCCUGGAAACUGCAAGGCGGGGAGGGAGGGGGCGGGUCUUGCUCGAACGUUCUCACCCACUCGUUUUUCUCUUACACACAUACCCACACGAAAUCACAAAUCUCUGCACAUAAGUCCCUACACCUGCAGCCUCUUCCUUCUGGUGUAGGUACAUACACACACACACACACACACACACACACACACACACAAACACAUCCCCCACUCCCGUUCAACCCAGUCUAAUUAGUUCGGGUUCGAUCCAUUCCUAUCCUCUCCAUAGCUUCACCUUCCCUUCACCCCUAGUGUACAGCUCACAGCGUCUCUCCCCAACCCUGGGAAAAGUCAUCUUCCAGGAUGGAGCCAACUGAAGUGGAGGCCUGGUGGUUUAACAGCCGUAGGCACUCACCUAGUAUGAACACCUUCUUUGUGACACUUCAUCCUGAUGCCAAGAUUUUUUGGAGAACAUCUGCACUUUCUUAUAUAUAUAUAUAUAUAUAUACAUAUAUAUAUAUAAAAUAUAAAAAACAUAAAAAAGCAACUGGGUAUAUAUCACUAACAGCUUUGUAGGAAGCACUUUUAAUGUUUUCUCUCUCACACACAAAGAUUCAAAAGAAAUGUGCAUAUAUUUAUUCUGUAAUUUCAGUGAUUAUAAAUUGUAAAGGUAAUGUUUAAUCAUUGUAUAGUGAUUAUGCGUCUGGUAUAGCUUUCCUAAUAAAAAGUUUUUGAAAAACAUAAUACAUUAUAUAUAGAGGAUACAAAGCUUGAACCUUAAAUUCCACCUAUGCCAUGCCUUUCGUGCUCCCAUUUUUUUUUUUUUUGAAAAACUUUCUUUUACUUCUUAUACAGAAAGCUAGUUUAUUAACAAGUUUGAUGCACUGUGAUAUUGAUAAAUCUUAUAACCCAUCAUGCCCAUCCCAUACCAGGAUAUAAGUGGGACAUUUAAAAAAAAUCUGAUUUAUAUAGUUCACCUCUUUCUCUUGGAUUAUGAAUUUCAAACUUAGUACUCCAAUGAUGCAUCAUUUUUCCUAGGCAGGAUGCAAUUGGGAAAAAACACAGUAACUAUAUUGCUAAGAAGUACAGGAUUAAUUAGGAGGACAUGAUCAAGGAUCCAUGAAUUGUAUGUUAGUUAAAGACAUAAUAAAGGAAAAGGAAAGUGAAAUUGCUAUACUUUUUAAAAACGUACACUAAAAUUACUUACACACACACACACCAACCAAUAAAAAUAUAAGGCCUUGGAGCCAGUUUGUCAGAAUUCUGUGAUCUGUUGUCACUGUUAUAUUUUAGCUCCUUUUUUUCCCAACCACUUACUGCAACCGGGCCCAAACAUUCUUGAACAAAGACAGGAUGCUGAAAGAGUUUUUCUUUCUGUAUGACACUAAAAUAUGUUGAAAAAUUAACCUGACAAUAAUCCAAGUUAUGAUCCAUUUACAUGUGAGCGAAACCAAAGAAAAUUGGAUUUUUAAGGUGCCAGUAUCUUGUUUGUGGAGGAAACUAAACUGAUACAAAGAAACUCGAGAGCUUUGAGGCAGGCACUUAUCUCAUCAGGCCAGUAGAGGACAGCAGAGCUCCAGAGAUUCAUAGAACCUGUAGCUGCAGAAUUAUGCAGUGAGGCCAGUGUUCUCUGCUAGUGUUUCCUCAAGUUGCCCUUAGAAAUUAUUAUUAUGCUUUGAAUGUAACUCACUACAAGUCACUGAUGCCUUACAUCACAUUUUUUUCCAUAAAAAAGGAGACUAGUGGCUUCUAAAACUCCAUAACUGAUAUAAAACUAAGGCAUUGUAUUUAAAAAGAAAAAAAAAACCCAUGAAUGUCUAGAGUAACCUAUUUAUAUAUCUCUUGAUUAAUUAUAUUUGGGUAAUAACAUAGAUAUCCAUAAAAUAAAAAACACAAGUAUAUCAAUAUGAAAUGUAACUUUUCAGGGCUACCUUGCAUUUGGUACAUCAUACCUAAACCUUUUGUCCUCCAUUAUUUGAAGUAUAUUUUGGAAUUAGUUCAGAUGAAGAAAAGCCCAUGGACAUGAUUCACUAUUUCUCUAUAUACAAUAUUGAAAUGCAACUCUUCUUAUGCAAGAGGAUCAGACCCACUAUUAAAUAGGUGUCAUUCUUCUUUGUUUCUUAUUUUCUUUUUACUUUCCCUUAAGUCACCUUUUUCAUAGUUAUCUCACUUUCCUUGUUUUUUCUAAUCAUCCUUCACCAGAAGUCUUGUUUUUUGAGGCACAGAGAGUUAGUAUUAACCUUUAAGUGUUUUAAUAUCAGAUUUGUGAAGUCCCUCUAAGCUAGUUAUUUAUCAUGUCCCCAUUCCUCCUAAUCAAAUAUUUUGAUGAAUAGUAGAAAGAUGUGCAUAAUAAAAAUUCAAAGUGCAAAGCUAGAUACUUACCACUUCCUUAAUAACUGUGCAUACAUUCAUAACAUGGCAUAUUAUGAGACUAAAGUACAAUUCCUAACAAUCCCAGAGCUUUUGACAUUUGAAAAAUGAGUGUCCAUAAACCAUAUCAAAUUAUAAUAUAAUUUGAUAAUUAUAAUGUUUAUAUUUUAUUUAUUAAAUAUAGAAAGUAAGAAUAUCUUGUCUGAAAUAUAGGUAUAAAUUUUACCCUUGAAUUAGGAGUACAUUUAUUUAGUGAAAAUAAAUUUAUAUGAGAAUGGAAUUUUGUAUCAAAGGAGGUAAUAUUUUGCUUCCAUGGAGUUUUCUACCCCCUUGGCUAGGCCACUUAUUUUAGCUGUGCAUUAGAAAUACUUAAGUUAGCUUUACAUUAUAAUACCAGAUAUGUUUUCUUAAAGUACCAUGGGUAUUAAUAUAGGUCCUAUGAUUAGGAUUUGUUCUAUGUUUUUGCUGCAGUAAAAUGAUUAUUUUUAAGAAAAAGGUAGAUUACUAAUUCACUUCAUAGUGCUGGUCAAUUAAACUGAAGCAGACCCAGAUCUGACAGAUGUUUGUUAUUAUUCUUUGCUAUUUUAUUACAAAUUAUAAUAGUAAUAUUUGAAAGUAAUAAAAUGUAUUGUAAUACCCUUUAACUAUGAGAUGGUGAGUAGAAAAUAAUUGAAAGUGAAAUAUUAGUUUGAUUCAGUACUAGUUUUAACACAUUAUUUUUCUAUACUGUAUUAUUAUGUGAUUGCUUUUAUGUUUUUAUUUAAAAAGCUGUAUUAUUUCAUCUAAUUGCAAAAUACUAAAAAAAUAUAAGGAUGAUGACCACCAUAUUUUAAAUAAAAGUUUAGAGAGAGAUCACAAGAAAAGUUUAAUUAUUGAGCUUGAAAAGUUUUUUUUUUUCUUACCUAGGAAUAUUGGUUUUAAACCCUUGUUAUCUGCAAAGAAUAUUUAUGUUUAGAUUAUGAAAAUUGAUAAUGCAAUUGCAGAACGUAAGGAUUUUUCAUUAACCAUUGCAACACAUUAUUCUGAUUCAUUUAGUGUAAAUUCAUUGUUCAUACAGUACUAUCCCUUAGCAAUUAUGUUGUCUAAGCCAAUAAAUGUUGCAUUUUUGUAAAAUGGCUAUGACAAAGGAAUGAUUAACAAAAUUCUCCACAAAAUGUAAGACAUGACUGUAACGAGUCAGGAUAAUAUGAGAGGAAAUGGUAAUAAAAAGACUUCAUCUUAAGUCAUUUGAGCAAUAUGAAUUUGAGCUUAGACAUUUAUAACUUAUACUUAGCUCAAAAUCAACUGUGAAAAUUCAGGUAAACAGAACAUAACUAUCACGAAUUUCACUAUAUAAGUAUUCUGUUUAAUAAAUAUACUAUAUGCCUUUUAAAAGAAAUAAGAGCAAUAACACAUGUAUAAUUGGGCAAUCGUGUGUGUUUAUAUAAAUAUAGUGCUAUUAUAUAUAUGUACAUACACUGUAUAUACAUGUAUAUAGUUUAUAUAUGCUGGAUUAUACUUACAUGUAAAUUAUGGAUUUUUUUCUUUCACAUAUAACAAUUUCAGUUUUAUGCAUUUAUUUUCCUUGCUUCUGUCUAGCUAUGUCCAAGUGAAGCUGGAUGAAAUUAUAAGUCUUCACUUUGGGAAUAUUCACAUGUAAAAAGUAACUCUGCAAUUACUCUUUCUGAAUUUAAAAGUCUUUUAUCUUCCAAUUUUUUUCAUUUUAUUACUUAAGUCAUAGGGGACAAAUUUCAGUCAAACUGUGAGUUAAGUCAAGUCCUCACAGCAAAGAAACUAAUCUCUUAUAAAUAUGCAACGUAAGUCAAAUGAAAAACAAUUGCACAUUUUUCAUUUAUUUAUAGAAUAAAUUUUGCAGGUGAAAACAAUUUCAGCAGCUUUAUUAAUUUGAUUAAGACCUUUGUAAUUUAUUUAGGUAUGUAGAAAAAGUGCAAUCUUGAAGGUAAAUAUAAGAGAAGUAAAGAACUUUUUUAAGACAUUCAUCAUCCUAUUUUACUUCUUUUAAUAUCAUCCUUCAUUUAUAAUAUAUAAUACUAGUAAUAAUAAUAACAAAGAUGAUCACUUCUAGUAUGAUUUUAUAUGAAUUGAAGGGGAAGAUUUUUCAUAUAAGAAAGCAGGUGUACACCAGGGGCUGCUAGUUGUGAAGAGGUAAUGGCUUGACUACCUUCUUUAAUUCUGAUAAUAUUUGCUCCUGAAAAUAAUACAUGCAUUUUUGAGAAUAUGUAUUGUUUCUUCUCUAUUGCACAGAUACAGAUGAUUUUUCACAUGAUUUUUAAAUUUUAAUAGAAAAUAAUACUCGUGGUUAACUUUAAAGAUAUAUAGCCAGGAAGGCAUUAUAAUAAAUUAUGUGUGACCCAAACCCUCCAAUAUCUUCGAACACUAAAAGACAGAUGAACAUUAGUAAAAAGAAGGCUUUCUUCAUUAACACCCAGUGACAAAAAGGCCCAGCAUACCUAAUUACAUGUUUCUUUAAUGUAUCAGUUCAUCCACUUGUUUAUGAGUAGUAUAAUGAACUGAUAGACUUUGCAAUGUAUUCAAAUGUAUCAAAAUCAAACAAGUUUCAUCAAAAAGAAUGUGCUAAUAACCAGUACAAACAAACCUGUGUACUUUAUUUUAAU